CGAAGGUUCAAUCAUAAACCGGUUUUCUCAGGACGACAUUGCACCGGUCUAGAGAUAUAUAUAUACACAUCACACAAUCUCGUUAUAUCCUUCUUCUAACGAAGAUCUGCUACUUGAUUCACGCUAAUUGCUUUUUCCCCCAAAUAUCAUCACUUCGUCGAGAUUGCUAGGGUUUCGAUCUUCCCUACUCACUUGAUUUCUCGAGGUUCGAUUCUGUACCAGUUCUUCAAUUCGAUCCAUUGGGUCUUUCUGAUCGGGAGAAAGGACGCUUUUUGGUGAUUACUAAGGUUCGUUAGCUGCCUAGUUUCCGUGCUUGAUCCUCUUUCUAUAGUUCGAUCAAGCAAUUGAGUGUAGAGUUUUGCAGUUUCGAUCUCACAUUCCCGGAAAGUUACUUAUUUUCGCGGGAAAAUCUGUGGGGGAGUUUAUUAGUCACUGAAAGCUGCUGUCUUUUCCUCUUUAGAUGAGGAAGAAGCGGAAAGGUAGUGAAACUGAUGGUUCAGAGAAGUUAUCAUUGUCACGAUCAUCCAACUUCAGAUCACACUUCUCUUUAGAAGGUUACGCUAGACUUAAGAAGCGGUGCAAGGAGAGUGAUACCGUCGAGGAGGACUCUGUUGGUUCCUUUAAGAGACGACUCGCUGGCGUUGCUACCGCACCUCCCUGUGGUGCAUCGUCUCUGGUUUCGUCAGGGAGAGGUCUGAAGAGGAAGAUAGGUUGCAUUGAUGUCUCCACGCAGACUGGUAGGAAGAACAAGAUAGAAGAUGACUAUGUCUUCGGUCCUAGUAUUGGGAAAGGCAAAUUCGGAUCGGUGAGGAUCUGUAGGUCGAGGAGUAACGGGAUGGAUUUUGCUUGUAAGACUCUGAAAAAGGGGGAGGAGACUGUUCACAGGGAGAUUGAGAUAAUGCAGCAUCUGUCUGGUCAUCCUCGGGUUGUCACGCUGCAUGCUGUGUACGAAGAGUCGGAUUGUUUUCAUCUUGUGAUGGAGCUGUGUUCCGGUGGACGUUUGGUUGAUCAGAUGGUUAAGGAGGGGAAGUAUUCUGAGCAGCGAGCAGCUAAUGUAUUCAAGGAUCUUAUGCUGGUUAUCAGUUAUUGCCACGAGAUGGGAGUUGUGCAUAGAGAUGUAAAACCUGAGAAUAUUCUCCUCACAGCUGCUGGGAAGAUUCAGCUUGCUGAUUUUGGGCUUGCCAUGAGACUUGCAAAAGGUCAAACGUUGUCUGGAUUGGCAGGAAGUCCUGCUUAUGUUGCACCUGAAGUUAUUUCUGAAAACUAUUCAGAGAAAGUCGACAUUUGGAGUGCAGGAGUGCUCUUAUACGCUCUCUUGUCUGGUGUACUCCCUUUCAAGGGGGACUCUCUGGACGCCAUUUUCGAUGCAAUAAAGAAAUUGAAGCUUGAUUUCAACUCGGGUGUGUGGGAGUCCGUGUCCAAACCAGCCCGUGAUCUAUUGUCAAGAAUGCUAACAAGGGAAGAAUCUGCCAGAAUCACAGCGGAUGAAGUGCUAAGGCAUCCAUGGAUACUCUUUUACACAGACAGGACACUCAAGACGAUGUGUAUCAAGUCGAAGCACAAGGGUCAAGCAGGACCUCCUCCAUGUCUCCAGAUUCGCAGUUUGAUGGAGAAAGUUGACCUAGACGGAACUAACAUAGAGAAGAAGACAACAUCUGAUUCACAGACUGAUUCAUUCUCCAACACAGAGGAGGAGGAAGAAGAAGAUGAGAGCGGUGUGGUGGAUGUGCUUGUGGUUGCUAUCUCCAACGUGAGGAUCUCAGAACCAAAGAGAAGCAGAGUCUAUAGUCCAACUGAACAGCAACACUCUUCUAACUUGGCCACGGCUAAUACACUCUGUCGAGCCUUCUGACACAAAAACCAGCUUCACACCCAUGGGAUUUUACCAAGUCUCCUAGUCAGUCACACGUGACAUGAUGAUCUUAGUGGCUUUUUUUUUAUUAUGUCCUCUAAUUGUUGGAUUUGAUCUGAUCUUACCUUCUAAAUUUCUCACUAUGUUGUACAGAUCAUGUAAAUAGAAUACUCUCAUUAAAAUGUUUGAUUCGAUUUUGUAAUUAAAAACGUCUUUGUUCUCCCUA